AUGGGCAGGGGCCUCUUGCUGGUGGUGGCCCUAUUCGCUGCGUCCUGCUGGGCCGACAGCGAGCAGCACAAACAGCGCGAGCCGACGAAGUGGCUAGCGGGCGUCAAAUCCAGGCUCCUAGGCGCCGCUCUCGCGCCCCCCGUCGCCGCGGCGCCUGAACAUAACCUGGUCGCGCAGGCGCCCGCCCUCAGGCGCCCGCCUCCAGCCGCGCGCCUGCUGCUGCAGCAGCCGCCCGCGCCCGCGGCCGCAGCACCCGACGCCGCGCUGCCAAACAGCACGUUCAGCUUCCCGUCGUCCGCCGAAACGCCGUGCCCCGGGCCGCUCGCGCCCGGCGCGGUUGUGAGCGUCAACACCCCGUCCUGCCUGCUCUCCAGCCUGCCGCCGCGCCUGGGGCGCCCAGGCGCCGCGCUCGUCGGCGCGCCGCAGCCCGUUGCGCUCGGCGCGGGGACGCUGCCGCUCGUCUUCCUGCCCAGCCGGUCGGCGCCGCCGAUGGCGGUCGAGCCAG